UCGGUGAGUUGUGGAACUCUACGGAGCGUCGCAACCACGUUUGAAUUCCUCAGCCAAACCCGCCAAAAUGCAGAGACUGUGGGAGGGCGGUGGACUGUGCCGCCCCACGAUGCCCCACACGUCCCCACCAGACAGUCGCCGCCAGUCAUUGCCUCCUCUAGAAUGACCUCAGCUGACUGUACCAAGACGACAUUUCUUUUUCGGUGGCCACUGUUGGCGCUUGUGGUGCUAGUGGCAGUGGUCUCUGGGACGCCCCUGCCCCCUACCACCGUCCCCCCUUAUAGGGGUCCCACCCCCCUGAGGGCCAUCGAGCCGGGGGCCCUGCCCCCCACCACCAUCCCCCCACACGGAGAGCCCACCCCCCUGAGGACCAUCGAGCUGGGGACCCCUCGACCUGAGGUGCCAGCGACGCGGGGCCCUGAUGCCAGUGGCAUCUUUGUUGUCAAGGAUCUGUUCACUUCACAAACCCAAGAAGACGGCGAUUAUCAUCAAAAGACUACCUAUAUAGAUAAUUUUAAUCAAGAUAACAUCAGUCAACUACCGACAAAACAGCGCGAGAUCUCGCCCUCAAGCUUGGGUGUGAGAAAUGGAGGGAGAAAUCAGCGGGGGCUUGAUUCCAGUUCCAUUAUCGAACAAAAUUACAGCAAAAGCUCUGAGCAUUUACAGGACCUAAUUCCAUUUGCCCAAACUAAAGUAACUCAUCAGGUGAGUCAUGUGAUUGCUGAGGUGAGUGAGGUAGGGCCAAGUCGAUCCACUUUACCUCUCCCAACAGUCAUCAUGGAGGCCACCCAGCCAAUACCUGUCGUUGUUAAGAACACGAAAACUACUCCUUUAUCUCCAGUCUUUCAGCCUCGAAUAUCCGUUGAUGGUCGGCCUCUGCCGGAGAAGAAAAGUUAUGACAUCGACGACGAAAGAAGACCAAUACCGACGGUUAUGCCUGCGGAUCCAACGGGAGAGGAAACUGCAUCCCUCAAGGUGGUCAGUGGUUAUUCUUCGAUGGCUUUUGGACCAAACCAGCAGAGCAAUACUGAUGAUCCUUACUUGGCUGACGACCAUGUCACUGCCUCGCUGCCGUCACGAGUAAACACUCAAACCAGUGCAAAAAAUGAGAGCAACUCAUUAAAGAGUUCGCAUUCAAUCAUAGAUAAGUCACAUUUGUCGAAGAGAAAAUCUGAUCUCAAAGAUCCCUUCUCUGAUCCUCAGAAAGAAUCAGAGCCAGAAGAUGAAACUAACGACACGAUUUUGGAUCUGGUGGGGGACGAACGUGUUAUUGAAUCCUUGAUUUCAAAGCCUCCGGUUGAUGUUAGGAAUAAUACAGAAGCAUACCGGUACAUUCCAUCUACCACACCGUCAUCAACGUCGACCACCAACACCGAGGUUCAUUCGUCUUCCAAAAUUAGCGAGCGUGGAAAUGUGCAAACAAUAGGGAAAUUUGGUACGACGGCUCCUAGUUUAGAGAAAAAAGCAAGUCUGGUUCUUCACGAGAAUCCCUUCAAGAGAGAGGCCGUUGACAAGCCCUUGAAUAACGUGGGUAUCUCAGAUGCUUUAUCCUAUGCCGAUUAUGAAAAAGAAGAUGUAAACCUGUUUUCUUUUGAUCCACCUAGUAGGGAUCCAAGAAUUUAUAUCGACUAUAGUGAAAUUGAGGCAGAAUUGGCUAAACAGAAAAAAGGCCACGGCAAACUUUCCAAACCGCUUUCAAGGCUCACCGAGAUUGAGCCCUAUACACAAGAACCUCCAGUAUCGAACAAGCUGAAGAAACACAACGAAACUGCAGGAACCUACGAAACUGUUAUAUUUGAUGGAGAUGUAGCGAAACCAGUCAAAAUUCCUGUGAGUCAUCCUAUCGCAGAGAAAAAUAAUCCUAUUAUCCGUGAUUCUAUUCUAAAAAUAAAUAAGACAAACGUCGUGGAAAAUAACAAUAAUGAAGUUAAAAACGAUGAAAUCAAAUUAUUCACGCCUAAUGGUGAUCCUGUUCAAACACCUGCAACUUUAGAUACAUCAGAUUUAACAAUGAAGGAGAAGUUUAACCGAACAAUUUUGAAAGAAAUUGCUUCAAAGGCUGAUGGUGACGACGAAACACUGUCGUCGCUGCCAUCAUUGACGAAUAAAAACAUUGAAGACAUUCCCCAAGAAGGACAUAGCAUUAUGGCAUCUCGCACGGGACUCGAGAUGCCAGUGGAAAAUCCUUUUCUUCGUACGGGUGCAGCGCAGUCAACUUCUACUGAGGCGCAAGACGUGGCUUUGCUUCAAAGGAGCUUAGACUUGGAGGAGGAAUCCACGAAUACCGAGCGAGCAGAAACAGGCGAUGACGAUUUAUUAGAACCAGAUCCGCAGCCAGAAAUAAAUUCUGAGACUAACUCGGCGAGCCUUAACCCCCAACCCUCAAUUUCUAGUCCGAAUACCAAACUAAUCUCCCCGAGUCUAUCCCCAUCCCCAAUCAAUGAAUCAGAAGUACCUGAACCCCCAUUCGCUGAAACCACAGCCGAUUCGGAGCCUGCAGUAUCGGACUUCAAUGAAUCCCUAGGUCCAGAUUCACCUGACCUCAUUCAAGAUACGGGAUCCCCUGACUUGGCGGAUCCCCGAUCAUCAGGCAGUCAUCCCGAGAUCUCCUCAUCGUCGGAGGAAGACCUCGUCUCGCCGCCCAGCGCCGCCGCCGUGGCGGAGGCGGCGGUCCUCACUCACUCGUCGGUGGAUCGCUCCAAGGAUGCCAGGUCGCUGGACUCCCGACUGACAGCCGACAAGCAGAUCCACGCCAUACAGGCGCCGUCGGCCUCACCCGACGUGGCCAGCGGCGGUCCCAAAUUGUCGGGCGGCGUUUCGGCGGCCAGAGCGGAGGUCGACCUCGGCGUCGGCGUUGUGGCGGCCAUCAUCAGUGGCGUGGUAGUAGCCGUGCUGCUAAUAGUCGGGUUGGGGUUGUUUGUGUUCAACCAGCGCCGCAGCCUCAACCGCCCCAAAGCCCUGGGCUGCGACCGCGGCUACGCCAACUCAGACUCGGGGGGAUACUUGGACGACCAGUGCCAGUCCUCCUACACCACCUCCCACCUGGACAUCCCUAAGGGCUGCUCGGACGAUGUCAUCAGCCUCGACAACGACUCCUUCCUUAACAGCCUCGAGUCUAUGACCAUCCAGAACCUCUGGACCGACAACAUCAAACACACCAAACUCUGAGAACCUCUGCUGGG